UCCGAUCGCUCUCGCGCUAAAUCCUUUUAUUCGCCAUCCUCUCCAGAAAUCCUAAACUAUUGAACCCGAAUUCGAAAACAAUAAAGUUCGGCAGAAGAUGGACUUGCAAGGCUUAUCGGCGAUAUGCUCUGAUCUUGGAAUUGCAGAAGAGGAUGCCAAUGGCAACCGGAUCGGUUACUCAAAGAGCAAGUACUGCUUAGAUAAUUUGAAAGAUUUGCUAAGGUUUUUGAGGCGUGAUGACCCACAGAAUCGGGAUGUUUUUAAACAAGUCUGUAAAUGGAAGAUUGUGGAUCAGGAUUUGGUACCCAUUAUUGAACACUGCCAAGAUGACACCAACUUGGUUUUAAAUGCAGUGAAGGUUCUUGUGUUCCUAACUAUGCCAAUUGAGCCUUCGUCAAAUGACAUUUUACAACAGAUAGAGUUUCUAUGGAGGUUGAAGUCUUCAAUUACGUCCAGUGACAUUAUUGCAGUUAUAGUAUCACUUCUGGAAAGCCCACUAGAAAAUUUAGAAAGUGAUGUGUUCACGGAGGAUGACUGGAAAUUGGUGCAGCUGGUACUUACUUUAUUCCGAAACAUUUUAGCUGUUCAAGAAAUUUCACUACAGCAGAAGGCUGGGGGAACUGCCAGUCAAUUUGUAUCACUCAGAGAUGGAUUUCUGGAACUUUUGUUUCAUGAGAAUGUGAUGGACUUAGUUUUGGUCAUAACCCAGCAUAUUGGGGAUUCCCGUAGCUAUCUCUGUCAAGAUAACUUGCUUUUAUUGGAGAUUUUUCAUUACAUAUUUAUGGGUCAAGAGCCAGAGUUGAUUGCAAACGCAUGUUCAAAAGGUCCUAAGGUGGAUGGAGGAGACACCACAGGUUCUCUAAAUAGUCUCAAGUCUAUAAUGGAGGAAGAAGAAGAAGAGAAAAAAAGACUUUCUAGACUACACAACAUGGAUCGUCAUUCACAUUUUAGCGGAACAUUUACCCAGCUUACUUUGGAUGGUUCUAAGGCAGUCUUGAAGGGAAAACCUACUUCUGCCUCUUGUAAUACCUUGCUUAAACCACAUAGUCAUCGGGGUCCAAUAAAAAAGAUUGCUUGGGAUCAUGGGACAUUGCCUUCAACGAAGGAUGAGAUUUUAGAAUUGCUUCAUGAUUUCGUAAACCAGUUUUUAUCAGGGGGUUACAAUGUUUUGAUGCAGUCAAUUCGUGCGGAUACUGAAAAGGAACACCACGCAAUUCAGAACAGUGAUGUCAUUAUCUUCUUUCAGGUUGCUCAGUUUGUUACUUCUUUCCAAUAUCACAAGUCUUCAAUUUCUAAGCCAAGCAUCGGUGCAGAAGCAGACACAACUGAAGCUCCCACCCAUAAAGAUGCUGAUAUUACAUUCUUCAGAGGUGAUGUAUGUGGACCCAUUGCAGCAUCAAUGAAUGAGUCAAUGUUCCAACUAGUCAUUUCAAAGUGGCGUUAUGCAUUUGAUGGCUUGAAGGAAACACAUGACUACAAGUUUCUGUCUGCAGCUGGUUCUCUUUUGAAAAUUAUGAUUCGAAUGCUAGAUUUGGUGCUUAAGUUAUUGCCAGAGAACUCCAAGGAGCCUCAAACAGCCCGCAUACUUCUGUACAAGUUAUUUUAUGACCAGACUGAUGAGGGGAUGACUCAUUUCCUGAUAAAUUUGCUCAAAUCAUUUGAUACUCACAAACAACCCAGAAGUGAUCUUGCAGAUCUGGUAGAGAUGGUUUAUAAAGUUUUACGACUAAUGGAAAACCUUCAAGCAUGUGGAACUUUGAGGGUUUCUAAAAAAUCAAGGAAGGCUAGGAAGAAAAAAAUACCCAGUGAGAAGGAAACAGAAAAUACACUCGUAGGAGAACAUGCUACCACUCAGAAAGAGAUCAGCAUCUCCAAUGGUGAACAUUCAACAGAUGUGAGUGUGACAGAGAACAGAAGCCUAACCACAAGUUCCAAUGGGAAAGAAGAUAUCAAUAUCCCUGUUCAGCCUGAUGAAUGCAAAAUAUCGUUUUUGGAGACAGAAAAUCUCCAAGACAGUCUGGCACAUAUAGAUUGCAAAAUUUCUGAUGAUGCCAAUGGUGAUCUUUGUUAUAGCACCGGUGAUUCCUCUGCUGAUGAGCAGGUAGCUGCAACUGAUGAAGUUGAUUUUAAGGUGUCAAAUUUGAUUUCUGCUUUUUCAAACAACAACAUCAUCCAGAAAUUGUGUUGGUUGCUUAAGUUUUAUAAGAGUAAUUUGACCAGUACAAAUCACUACAUAGUAUGCAUGCUGCGAAGGAUCAGUGAUGACCUCGAGCUCUCCCCAAUGCUGUAUCAGUUAUCACUUCUCACUACAUUCUAUGACAUCCUAGUUGAGCAGAAGUCAUCUCCAUGCAAGGCAUAUGAAACCAUUGUUGAUUUUUUGACAAAUUUGGUCAGGAAAAUGCUCAAAAAGAUGAAAAAUCAACCCCUACUUUUUGUGGAAAUUCUCUUCUGGAAGACUCGCAAAGAAUGCCAUUACAUUAAUGCUGAGUAUUUAUUGCAUGAGCUUGGCCAUUUGAAGAAAGAAAGUAGAAACUGGGCAAACAGUUUAGGGGAUGAAGAAAUUGGUCACUCACUGGACAAGGGAUGGACAAGUAGAAGCAUAGCUGAUGCACUUGGUGAAGACGAAGCUGAUGUUGUGCUCUCUCAUGAGCUUGGACAUGAGAACAGCGGAGAAAAUUUUGGCAAAGUGAAGGGAGGUACUGCAUCUAUUCCAGAUAAUGAGAUCGAUGGGCAAGAAAAUUAUGACAAUGGGGCCCAGGCAAUAGAGAAUGAAACUGAAAAGGUUUCUAGAAAAAACAAGCGACUUGUUAUUGGGGCUGAACUGGAGAUGAAAAUUAAGGAUCUGUAUGAGAAAUUCAAGGAUGACCAGAACUGUAGUCAUCUUAUUGCGAAAGCUCUUGAUCCUGAUGGUAGAGUUUUGCCAGCUCAAAUUUCCAACAAGCUUAAACAGCUUGGACUGAAAGUUGUCCGAAGGAAAAGACUGCGCCAUGCUCAAGAAUCUGUUUCCACUGGGCCUAGUCAAAUUGAUGGAGAUGGAAGAGUAGUAAAAGCAAUUAAUUCUCAUUGUGAAUCAAACAGUCAGCCGCUGCGCACAAGAAAAAGAGUCCAUGCCUUCAGUGAAGAUCAGGAAACUAACAUUAGAUCUCUAUAUGAGCAAUUAAAAGACCAUAAAAGGUGCAGCCACAUGAUUGCAAAUGCAAUGGACGGUGAUGGUAAAUUCACAGCUUCUCAAGUUUCUCGUAAGCUUAAGCAGCUUGGUUUAUAUAUUCCUCGGAAGAAGAGGUCCGCAGCCGGCAUGCUGAGAGAUGAGGAUCUUAAUGACUCUAAUACAAACAAAGAGCAUGACUCUGAUGAUGAGACGCUGUUAUCAUUAAUGAAAAGGGCCAAAAAGGAUCAUAGCAGAUUCAGUGAAGAGUUACUAGAGCAGACUACUGGACGAAAAGUGUCGGAAGAUGAUUCUGAUGAUGAAAUCCUAAGCUCUGUUCUCAAGAAAACCAGGAGACCCCUUUCCAAGCCCAUGGAUCUGAACUCUGCAGCCAUCUCAAUUCAGGGAACAUCAAGCAGUAAUGCUCUGGAAGAUGGAGUUGACGAAGGCUCUUCCUUCAAGCAUGUUAGUCCGAAUGGCACGGCAGAAGCUGAAGUCAGAGGCACCGGCACUGGCACUGGCAAUCCAUUAGAUGCUGGACCUGUGAAAAAUUUGGAGGAUUUGCAACAUGAGCAAAUGGACAAUGACUUGGCGGAUUCAGGGGAUGAAAUGGCUCAUGGUGCAUUCCCAGAGAGUGGCGUAAGCAGAAGGAAGUUGAGGAUGGUACUUGAAGAUGAAGAUGAUGACUGAGUGCAUCUCUCUCUCUACCAUCGUGACGUGUUGUUAUCGAAAGUUGCGAAGGAAGUCAUCCAUUUUUCUUGAAACUGCAAUCAGAUUUUGUUUUUAAGAUUAUUGAUGUUUGUGUGUAGUGUAGAUUGUGUAAAGGGACUCGUCCGUAUAUGGACACGGGGAAAAAGAUUGUACAGGUUGGACAACUGUCCACGGAUGAAAAUUUUCUUGUUUCUAUAGUUUAACAUA